CAUUUGUUUUGACUGCUGUGAAGCUACAGUUUUAACCAAUAGCAGUGCACACAAAAUGGCCUGGCGAAGAAGUAGCGACAGUAACUCGAUGUAGUUUUCUAGAAAGUAAAGUUUUUUUUUGUUUUUUUUUAAAGCUUCGUACAUUUCAUUAAAUACAACUCUUGGUACUUCUACGGAGUCCCCACGGAGUGGAGGUACGGAGCAGCUGAUUUUAGUUAAAACAGGAACGUCGAGAUGAAAUUUUGGUUCCAUUGCAUGUGCAAGCAGCUUCGAAGUGGAAUUUAUAUAGUCUGUUAGUUUAAACAUUUCCAGAUGACAUUGACAGUAUCCUAUUAAAAAAGGUAUUGCCUAAGGACAUAACUCUUUCAGAUGUAUAACCAAUCACAGGUAACUGGCUUCACAGCCUGGGCUAAUGUGCGUCUGUUGGCAUCGGACCACCAGGUCACCAAUGUGUUAAAGGAUCUCUUCAUCGGCACACAUUUAAAAGCCCUUUUAGAAAGUUUUACUGGGAAGUCACUGAGAAGAAUGCAAAGUAUGGAUGGACUGACCCUUCAACAGGUCAUUACCAGAGUAGAAUGGUUUGUGGAAGAACUAAAGAAAGCCAAAAUCAUCUCUGAAAAUGACAACAUCAAUUGCCGUGCAAUUGCCAGGAGAAACUAUGAAUGUGUACUUAACUUACUGUGGAAGCUGAUCGCACAUGAUAUCUGGUUCACCUGGGAGCGCUCCAGCCAGCUGCAGCUCUCUGAUGACAAGCUACUCUGCUCAAUUCCCUUUAAGUGGACUCCAGAGGCGCCACCUACAAGCAAAAAGACAGAUCCACCUUCAGGUUCCACUUUGGCUCUUUUUGCAGACCUGGAAGCAUUGUCCAGUCGAAUCAAUGGAUCCGGUGUCUCUCCAACACCUGAAGCAUGUCCACAGCCUGAAGUAGAACCUUUCCCAGGUCGUGAUCUGGCAAAGGCUUACAACAGCAAGAUCCCUAUAAGAGGCUGGGAAUUCUACCCUUCGCCAGAUCAAUGCAUUCUAGAAAUGGUGAACUCUCAUCUACAGAUGUCUGCAAAAGGAAAGAAUCUGCUGGCAAAGAGCUUGGACAACCUGGUGGACGGGCACAUCUUGUGCUGCUUGGCCAAUUCCUUUCUGCCUGGCACGUUCACCACUGAGGUUCUCUUAAACGACAGGUGGUCAGCGAACCUGGCUCUGAAGACGAUGGAGAAACUCCUGUAUGUGUCGCCUUCAUUUACAUCAGACGAUUUAUAUCAGGGAGAUUCCACGGCUGUGUGUGCCUACAUGUGCUCUAUUUUCAUGGCUGGCUAUAAGUAUAAACAGUGCAGAGCUGUGGCACAAAGUGUUAAAAAGUUGCAAAUCCAGAUUGCAGCAAUAAGAUCGAAUCUCCGGGUGUUCCCAUCUGAAAUACUGGAGCUGAAUCAAUUCCAGCAGAAAAGUGAAUUACAGCAGAGGCAAACUGAAUUACAAAAAGAACUGGGAAGGCUUUGCACCUCAUAUGAUGUGAAAUCCUGUCAGAAGUGGAUGGCACAUGCUGAAAAGGUGCAGAAAAAGACCUGGAAGUACAUCAGGCAAAAAAUGAAAGGACGCUUUGAAACAGUAACAGUCCCAAGGAAUAUAACAAUUACCGGCCUUUGCCUGUCACUGUUAAUCGAUCUAAGCCUCACCAGAGGGGGUGGCUUUUAUCUGGCACAAGAGAAAGAGACUGUGGCAAGGAAUCGAAGGAUCAUCCUUCAGAAUAAAGAGACUGGGGAAUACAUUGACGAUUUCUCAGGAUUCCAACCACAUGUUUCUGUUAGGAAGAUACUGAGUCUUUCUGCAACUGAUGUCAUUGAACCCAGGGUCUAUCAGAAAUACAAGAUAUUUCUUGAAAGCGAUUCAAAAAACAAGAUUUUGAAAAAAAAUUCCACCUUUCUCUACCAAGUGUUUCCAGGAAGUGCCAGUCACUGGCAACAGCUUGUGUUCAAGGCAUUGAGAUCCAGAGACUACACAGCAGUAAAGGACAUGGUCCUGUUCUUUAGGACAACUCACAAUGAGGUCAUCAACACUGAAGAUCCUUCCACUGGAAACACAGCUCUGCACUUGGCCUGCCGGAGUGGACACUUUGAGACAGUGUUGCUGCUUCUGGAGAAUGGUGCCUCUCUGAACGUGAGGAAUAAGAAUGGAUGCACACCAUGCUUCUUUGCUGCUGCAGGCCAGCAUCGCAGUGUGUGCCAGCUGUUAAUUGAAUGGGGAUGUGACUUCCAUGCUAAGGACAGCAGAGGCCAAGGCCCUCUCGAUUCCAUUCACAGUGAGCGUCUCAAAGAGUACUUACUAGGGUACAGUGCGUUUUGGUCCUCUGCCGUUCCCGCAAUCAUGCAUGGUGGAGCAGAUGUCCUGUAUGAGAUUGUGCAGAAGCACCUUCAAGACGUGGCAGGGAUGGCCAGUCUUCGAAGCAGAUGUAUAAACGGAAGCACAUUGUUACACACAGCAGCUUAUUUUGGAGAAACCGAUAUCAUUAAAACCUUAUUGGGACUGCAAGUGGAUGUUAAUUUGCUGGACUACAAAGGAGCAACUGCUUUGCAUAGAGCAAGAGAUUCAGAAACAAUGCAGUUUCUAAUAGACCACGGGGCAGACGUUAACCAGAAAGACGAUGAUGGCAAUACACCUGCUCACAUGGUCUGCUAUGGGGAGCAAGGGAAAGACACCAGGCUGGACUGCUUAAGACUUCUGCUCUCUUAUCACGCCACAACAGUAAAAGCAAAUAGAAAGGGCUUGCUGGCAAUCCACUGUGCUGCAAUGCAAGGCAGGAUUGAUGUUAUUGAGCUCUUACUUCAGUGUGACAGUGAUGGACAGAUGCAAAGGAAAAUUCACAGGGCUACGGAAACAAACUCACCAAGCCUGCUAUACCUGGCAGUUGCAAAUGACCAUUUAAAAUGUGCUGAAUGGCUGGCUAUGAGGAGCUUUACUUUCAAACCUACAGAGCAGGAAGAAUUGCUCUACGGAUUGUUUCAGCAGGAGAUUGCCAGGAAAGAGAAGACCAAGACUCUGGAGUUUCUCAUUAAAAGUGGAGUGAGCGUUAACACAGUAUAUGCAGGAGGAGACAGCACACUGCAUCUCGCUGCUCUACAAACAAAUUUGACUGAGCUGUUAGCAUUACUGCUGGGCCAAGGAGCUGAUGUCAACAAACUCAAUGAUGAGCAGUGCUCUCCACUCUUCUAUGCUGUGCAUGUGUCUAAUUUCCAUGGCGCAGCUCUCCUGCUUGAGAAUGGAGCAGGUGUGAUGCUGAGAGAUAGUCAAGGUCUCACUGCAUUUGAUUACAUUCGUAGUUAUGAUGAAUGGAUCGAGAGUGGAUUGUUCUCAGAGGAAAUAACAACAUUAUUAAAAGCGUAUGACCUCAAGCAGACUCGUUCUCUCAUUAGAGGCAUCACCAGAAAGUUGAACGUGUUGGAUGCAAGGAAGCAGCUCCUGAAUAGCAGUGCUUGGUUCAAUCUAGAGUCCUCCCAUGUAGCUGCCUGCUGGGUCAAAUCACAACCGAGGAUCUUACUUUCAAAGUCAGUUAUGCUGCAAGAGAGACCUGACAUGAACUUGACAUCAGACUGUAACAGGCAGCACAGGACGGGGAACAUUAUGUUCCCAAAAAUUAUCUAGAAAAAGAUAUCAAUAUCCACUUCAGGACAGCAACUAGUCACCAUAGGUGACCAAACUGUGUGAACCAGAUUGUGUGUCUGGUCUAAAGUCAAGAACACCAGGUACAGCUCACAACUGACCCACAACACUGCUGAGACACUGCCUUGAUCACCAGAAUUGGCAGCUCUGUUAUGGGGCACCUGUUUUGUCCACCAAUGAAUCAAGAUUUCAUCUGUCCACUAAUGACCAACGUGUUUGAGUAUGGUGCCUGAAGAAUGAUUUGUUCAAUUCAACAUUGUUGAAUAAGACUGUUUUGUAAGGGACUCACUUGUGGUGUGGGGAGGAAUCUGUAUUGGAGGUUGCACAGAUCUUAUUGUGCUUCCAAGGGAUGGAUCUACAGCUCUACGUACAUAAACAGACUUGGACCCUGUAAGAAGACCAUUUGCUGGUGCAAUUGGCCCAGAGUGUGUUCUGAUGAUAAUGCCUGUUGUCACACUGACAGGAUUGUCAUGGAUUAUCUAGAGCAGAAGAUUAUAGUUUAUGAAUUGACCAGCAAGAAGUCCAGACCUUAAUCCCAUAAAAGACCUUUGGGACCUCCUUUGACGUCGCGUUCAUCAGCGUUGUAAUCCUCCACAAGACAUCAGAGAGCUUGGUGUUGCACUGACUGAAGAACAGCACAGGUCCCCCGUGACGUCAUCUGCAGCCUGACUACAGCAUUCUCCUUUGAUGUAGGGAUUGCAUCAACACCAGAGAAGCCCAUACCCAAUACUGAGACAUUCAUAUCACCGUUUUCAAGCGGUAUGAAAAAUUGAUCUUCACACCCCAUGCCAUUAGUUAUUUUGAUUUACACAGGUCUCAUGUUUGCAAAUGUGUCACUGGUGUGACACACAUAAUAAAAUCAAUCCAUCUGUUAAUGUCAUUGUGUAAAAAAUGCUCAAUUGAAAAUGCUUGCACUUGAUUCUUGUUGUUUAUUGUGUUUUGAAAAAAAAAUAAGGGUGAAAUGUUGCUUCUUUUAAUUUUAUUGUGUGUUCAUAUAUUAAAAUGGCAUGAGUUCAUUUAAACAUUGAUAACCUCCUAAAUGAAAUCCUGGUUGUAGAAUAAUGAAGGAACAUGAAUGUAAAUACUGUUUUUAAAAAGAUGCUUGUGUCACCCUUGUGUGGAGUUCUGUUGGCACAUAAAGCCUUGCAUUCAGCCAUGGUCCCUGUGAAAAAUCUCACCAUUAGUUAUGCAUAUGAAAUACACUAAAUGAGUAUAAACCAAAGUAAUUAACCCCACCUCUCUAAGGAACAUCUUAUUUAUUUGAAAAUGAUUAUGCUGCAAUAGGAUGUAUGAAAUAACAAAUAUAGUCCUGUAUUAAUGAUGAUGAAGGUUAGUGCAAUAACUGGUCCAUGAUUUCAAUUUUAACUUUUGAGUGCUGCUUUGAGUGAAAGUCAAUUAACAUAUUUAAAACUAACAGCAUGUACUAAUUGCAAUUUAAAAUACUGUGCGUCACCAAAAAAUGAGUGAUACUGAUAAUUCUGCCAUUUAUGUUGUAACACACUUUUAAAGAUACUGAUUCUUUAUUUUCAUCACAAAUAAAUCAUAUUUUUCAAUA